AUGGGACAAUCGAAGAAACUCAAAAAUCUCCAAUCAAUUUGCAAAGACAAAGCAAAAAUCAUCAAAGCAACGUUCUCAAUCACCAAUCGAACCACCUCCUCCAUCCAAAUUGCCGUCCUCCGUGCCACCAAUCGCUCAUCCCAAUCGCCACCGCAUGACCACCAUGUCUCCACCCUCCUCUCCCUCGGCAACACCACACGCCACUCCUGCUUCUGCAUGUAUAUCCGCCAUCCUCCACCGCCUCCACCACCACCAUCAACCAAAUGCUUAUGUAGCACUCAAGGCUCUUUUGAUCCUACACUACAUGAUCACCCGAGGUUCCUUUUCUCUCAAGGAACAACCAUUGUUACAACCCAUGUCCACCACGGACUUUGA